AUGUUCCUUGGCCGCAAAUCCCCGCGACGUCUUUAUAGGCACAACACAAUGCCUACUUCUGGACUGACUUUCAAUGAAAAUUUAUUAAGAGAAGCGAGAGACUUAAAGAGAUCCCAAACAAAUUCAGAAGGAAAUUGUUGGCCCAACAGUAAAAAUCCGCCAAUUUUUAAAAAAGAACUAGAAGUAAUAUGCCAAUCUGUACUAAAUGUAACAUCUAUAAUGAUAAUUAUCCGUAUUGCGACUGUUUUACUAUAAUAGAAAGUGGCAGAUCUUCCCUAAAUACCCAGGACAGUCCUGGCUAUAGAGAAAUUGAUAUUUUAAAGACACAUACUCCAGAAAACCUCAAGGCGGAUAAAGAAAAUGAGGUAGAGUUCGAUAUGUCUGCAGCAAGAGGCUUCUGCCUUAAAUGUAAAAAACAAGUGACUAUUAUGCUAUUUUAUUUGGUUUUAUAAAUAUAAUAAAAGAACUGUAAAGGAUUUUGUGAGAAAUAUUAAAUAAGUGUGAUUUUUUUCGAAAGAAUUUUAUUUAAAUUAUAAUAUAACAACUGAGAAGAAAAAAGGCUGGAGGGCUUACUGCUGUCUAGCAAGCUCAGAUAAAAAUAGAACUGCUAAAAUCUGUAGUCGGUGUAUGAGUGAUAUUAAUCAAACUAAUGCUUAA